AUGCUCGACUAUGUGGUUCAGCUAACAGCACUGCUAGUAAUAACAUCAUCUUUUUCUUCCUUGCAGUUGACUAUAUCAACAGAAUUGAAACCAUUAAUUAUACUGUUUUAUAUCAGCGAAAUAAAUGUACUGUUACUAGAACAAGGGCCUUAUACAAGGAUAGCAUUGUUAAUGAAAACUGUAUACAAGUUUAAUAGUUCUAACUGUCGUUGUAUGAUAGUCUUGAAAUUUGAUGGCACGUAUCGUACAGAGCUAUUGAACAUAUUUGAAGCUGAGACAUACAUGCAGAUUUUGCAAGCACUUGUUAAAAAGGCAGCUAUAUCAAACUUGAUACAGAAUAAAGAUCUUCAGAUAUUUUCAUCACCAGACAGUGACAUUAGCAUUAUUACUAAAUGGAUGAAUGGUAUAGGCGAUCUGAUCAGAAAAUAUUACAAAAAAUAUACUGAAGCACUUUUUGACCUUAAUUUCUAUCAGAUGCUAUAUGUUAUAGCUUUUGCACUUCUGGGUAGCGAGUUCAAAGAUACUUCUAAGACUUUAGUGCUCAGCUCAAUAUACACUUGGGAGAUGCUUGAAAAAUAUGGGACAAUUAGCUUAUACAGCCCACGUCGAUCCCUUGUUAAGAUGCUAUAUAUACUGCUGCAGACGAGUCACACUUCUGCCAAAAUGAAAAAUGUGAUGUUGCAAUCAUUGUACUUUAGCUCUUUCAGUGGCAUAGCAGCUUGCACCUAUGUGAAUUUACCUGAUGCAAUACAAAACAUUGAUCAUCUUGAUCAUUGGCCAAAGAUAUUGAUCCACUAUUUUGAUUCACAGAAAGAUCUUGAGAAAGGUGCAUACAUAGGUAUAGGCAAUGAUGAAUUUGCUGAUUCGUGGGUUGUAUUCAGACGUGAGGUCAAGAAGGGAGUCAUUGUUCUUACCAUUGAGAGUAAACACUAUGCGACUACGGAGAGGCUUACUGCUGAAUACUUUAAUGCGCAUAAGAAAAAGGUUAAGAAGAAAUUGCCAAAAGGAACAUUGUAUAUAUUUGUAAUAGUGGCAGAUAUGUGUGGUGAAAAUGUCACUGCAGACAAUGAUAAAAUGAUCAUCUGUAAAGAGAAUAUGAAAGAAAUGUAUGGAAAUUGGCUUGUCCAAUAUUGUCAUUUCAGUCUUGUAUUUGAUAAGCGUACUAAAUGA